CCUCGUACUAUAGACACGACUAUACCCUGUUUCAUUGGAAUCUCAAUUCCUGGUUGUUUGUUUUUCCCUGUGUUGUUGAUUGUCAAUCCUGCAACUGCAAUCCAUUCGAUCUCGAUGGCAACUCGAGGACAAGUCAUUACAUGCAAAGCCGCGGUGGCCUGGGAACCCAACAAGCCAUUGACCAUCGAGGACGUUGAUGUGGCUCCGCCGCAGGCUGGUGAGGUUCGCGUACAAAUUCUCUACACCGCUCUCUGUCACACCGAUGCUUACACUUGGAGCGGCAAGGAUCCAGAAGGUCUCUUCCCAUGUAUACUUGGUCAUGAAGCUGCUGGGAUUGUGGAAAGUGUUGGAGAAGGUGUUACUGAAGUUCAGCCUGGUGAUCAUGUGAUCCCUUGUUACCAUGCUGAAUGUGGAGAGUGCAAGUUUUGCAAAUCAGGCAAAACGAAUCUUUGCGGAAAGGUUCGUUCUGCCACAGGAGUUGGGGUGAUGCUGAGCGAUCGCAAGAGUCGUUUCUCUGUUAAUGGAAAACCCAUCUACCAUUUCAUGGGGACCUCCACCUUCAGUCAAUACACUGUUGUACAUGAUGUUAGUGUAGCUAAGAUUGACCCCAAAGCUCCUUUGGAGAAAGUUUGCCUACUUGGAUGCGGUGUUCCAACUGGCCUUGGAGCUGUGUGGAAUACUGCAAAGGUGGAACCAGGGUCAAUUGUUGCUGUUUUUGGCCUUGGAACUGUUGGGCUUGCUGUUGCUGAGGGUGCAAAAGCUGCUGGUGCAUCGCGGAUUAUUGGCAUAGAUAUUGAUAGCAAUAAGUUUGAAAGAGCAAAGAACUUUGGAGUCACUGAGUUUAUUAAUCCAAAAGAACAUGAGAAACCAAUUCAGCAGGUAAUUGUUGACCUAACAGAUGGUGGAGUUGAUUAUAGCUUUGAGUGCAUUGGAAAUGUCUCAGUGAUGAGGGCAGCUUUGGAAUGCUGCCAUAAGGGGUGGGGGACAUCAGUUAUAGUUGGUGUUGCAGCAUCAGGGCAGGAAAUAUCAACUAGACCUUUCCAAUUGGUGACUGGGCGUGUCUGGAAAGGAACAGCUUUUGGUGGCUUCAAGAGCCGGUCACAAGUGCCUUGGCUUGUAAGCAAGUACUUAAAUAAGGAAAUCAAGGUUGAUGAGUACAUCACUCACAAUUUGACUCUUGUGGAGAUCAACAAGGCAUUUGACAUCAUGCAUGAAGGUGGAUGUCUCCGUUGUGUGCUCGCAAUGCAUGACUGAGAGGAAGAUCUGGUGUAAUCAAUAAUCUAAAAACCUUUGGAAGUUUCACGAGCGAUGGAAAUGUCUUGUGCCUUUGUCUUUCCCUCUGAUGGAGGUGAAAGUAAAAUGAAUCUUAUUGAGUGCCCAUAAUUCUUGAGAUCAUGGCUUUCUUUAUGAUUCCCAAGUCUCUUUGCAAAGCCCUUUUCACUAAACUAGUGCAAUUCAUCUCAUAAAUUAUCAAUUUGCACUUUGUCUUCGUAGGAAUGUUGUGGGAACUUCAUCAUCAGUAUCACCAUUAUCAUCAUCAUUAUAAGUCACUUCUCCUAGCGAUGGAUCCCUUCUAAAGCACUCAUAGUCACAAGAAAACCUAAUGUUGUAGAUUGCUUCUAUGGGAUGUUUGAUAACUAGGGGCAAUUCAAUAUAAUUUCGAGUUGAGCAUGUGAAUGAAAACUGAAAAUGUUUUCCCUUGGAUCCAUUGACUAGAAUCCAUAUGGUGGAGUUUAGAGCCUGUUUAUUUA